GCACUAAAUACUAGCUCCCUCCACUUUUUUUCUCCCUGCCAGAUCAGCAAGAGCUGACCUCACUCAACAUGGGCUGACUGCUGGGGUAGUUGCAGCCUCCUCUCUGACUAUAUAAGACAUGACCUCCCAGAAACCCAAAAUUGAAGUUGGUCAAAGGGAGUGUCUAAUUUGGGCCCCAAAGCCCAAGGGUGCUUGAGUUGGAAUUCAGGGGGAGCUCUUGUGGAGGUAGGGAAAGGGAAAUUUGGGAGUAGAGCUGUUAUACAGCAUUAUUUCUCAAGAUGUGGCCUGAAAGUUUGCUGCAUCUAAAUUACCUGGGGGUGCCUGUUAAAAAUUCAGAUUCCUGGGUUUCACUCCAGUCUACUGAAUCUGAAAUAUCCUCUAAAGUUUAAAACCAUUGUGCUAGGGCUCAGAUCAAGGAAGGUGUUGAUGCCCCAGAAAUGUGAGUACACUAAUGCCCAGCAUUGCAAGGACAUCUCUAUUCUAAGGAGGGGAAAGAAUUGCCAGAGGUAGGUUUAGGUACACUCAAGGUCACUGCUGCAGUGUAAAGCCAACACCACUAGAGGGCAGGGUACACACAGACUUGCAGAAAGAAAAAGUAGUGCCUGCUCGGUCUAGGUAAACUGAGACCAGAGCCAUGACCAGGUGGACCGAGUUCUAUUGGUACUAUGAAGUGGGCACUACCUCCUGACCAUCAAAACACACCCUCUGGUUUCAGGUUCUUAGAUCAAAGUUGGGAAUGAGGAAUUGUCACAGAGCACCUCAUUUCCCAGGUGAAAAAACAAUAGUGCACAGCCACAGCCAAGAAGUACAGAGAACACUGGUUUUAGAAUAACCUAGGCCUGGGUUUGAAUCCUGGCUCUAAUGCUUCUUAGCUCCUUACAUGACCUUGAGCAAGUUACCUAAGGUAGUCAAUCAGCUUUCUCAUCCUAAAAUAGGUAUUAAAAAUAUCUUCUUAAAAGGGUCACGGUGAGGAAUACAUAAAACAAGGUAUGCAAAGUACGUAGCAGGUGACUGGCUCCUGGUAAGAGCUCCAUAAAUGGUGGCUGUAAGUUAUUACUGCCCAAGGUCAUAUGACCAUGCACAUCAGAGCUUCCAGCUGCCCUUUGAGAAAGAGGAGAUAGAUGGAACCAGAUCAUGGCUGAGCCAUUUCUGAUUUCUCUCUUAUCAAACCUUUAGUUUCUCUUAAGUGCUUUUAUGGGACCCUCACACCUCUACACCAAACUCCUACAAGAAGCAGACUCUCCUACGAGUGUGACAAAACAACAACAACAAAGAGCCAGUGGUUUCACUGCAGCACUCUGUCCUGCAAAUCAGUCAGAACUAAGACCCCUUGAAGGAGUCAUGUAAUUUUGGUGGCAGUUCUCUGGCUUCAGUUCCCUCUCCUGUGCUCAACCCUCCCCCCAGCCAUAGUGGCAUCUGCAAGGCUCUGACCACAGUUGGCGGGCUCUGUGGCACCGCAGAGGCAGUGCUUCAACAGGAAGUCUUGAGGAACAUUUCCUCCCAAGAACUCCAGGCCUCUGGGCCUGGGCCACUUCUCUAGCUCAAAUGGUUCAGUUAAAAAAAAAAAAAAUCCGUGACAGGGCUUUCAGAAGGGAGGGCUCCAGGGCAGAAAGAAAUCUGGGCACCAGCUUCAGUUUCAAGUUUCCAUUCUGCCACUCAUGCAAGCCUCUUUGGCAGCUCUUGGUGAUCACCUGUAAGAUAUAAACAAUAAUAACUGUCUUCCCCACCUCACAAGAGUGUUGUGAGGGCUAAAUGGAAUGUUACUGAUGACGUGCUUCAGAAAAUUAAAAAGCUCCUUCAUUUGGAAGGUGGCGUGGAGGCGCUGAGGGGACUCGAUGUCGAAAGUCCCAGCUCAGCCACUGGUUGUGCAGUUAACACUUUCCUUAAAGGUUGACAUCUCCGGAAAAGCCUCCCUAGAUCCGAGUUCUGGCGGGUGCAGGGCGCCGGGAGGGGAGGGGAAGUCAGCAGGGUCCUCUUCCAGCCCCUGGGGGAAGCGAAGCCCGGAGCAGGCCAGAGCAGAGCUGUAGGAGAAAGGGCGCAGAGGCCGGUGGGCGGUGGCGCGGGCAGGAAGCGGGGUCCCGCCCGGCCCUUUCGAGCCACGUGCGGUUGUUUCCGUGCCGGGGCGAUCACGUGACCCGCGUCAGCUGACCCGUCACGGUGGAGCCCGGCGCUGGCGCCCUGCAGCCCCUGCCCUGCCGCGCUCCGAGCGAGCGCAGGACCCUGCGGAGGGGUAAGAGCGCCCCCGCCCGCCCCUCUUCUGUCGCCGGCUCUCCCCUGCCACCUCCACCCGAGUCCCUGCCCCGCGCCCAUCCCAACCCUCCCGGUCUGGCACCCGGAAGCCAUCGCGAGGAGGGCCGUGGCCGGGCUCAGCCCCGCGCUGCCCCCAGGCGGCCAGGAGGAGAUGGCCCAGGGGAGCAGGGGGCGGGAAGUCCCUCUUACCACCCGGGCCGAUGGCUGGUACCCGCCCCCAAGCCCAGACAUGGAGGAGCUGCUCCGGAGCGUGGAGAGGGACCUGAACAUCGAUUCCCGGCAGCUGGCGCCUGCCCCGGGGGGCACCCACGUGGUGGCCCUAGUGCCCUCGCGCUGGCUGGCCAGUCUCCGCGAGCGCCGGCUGCCCCUGGGACCCUGCCCCCGGGCAGAGAGCCUGGGCGAAGCGGAAGUCAGGACUCUCCUGCAACGCUCGGUGCAGAGGCUGCCCCCGGGCUGGACUCGAGUGGAGGUGCACGGGCUGAGGAAACAGAGACUGUCCUAUCCGCUGGGCGGGCGCCUGCCUUUGGAGGAAGGAUCCUGCAGCCCCGAGACCCUCACUCGCUUCAUGCAGGAGGUGGCUGCCCAGAACUAUCGCAACCUGUGGCGCCACGCAUACCACACUUAUGGGCAGCCCUACAGUCAUAGCCCUGCCCUCUCAGCUGCCCCUGCCCUGGACUCUGUAAGACAGGCUCUGCAGAGGGUCUAUGGUUGCUCCUUCCUGCCAGUGGGUGACGCUACUCAUUGUCCGCCAUACACCAGAGAUGGCCCCUGUCCCCCUCGGGGCAGCCCUGCCUGCCCCAGUCUUUUGCGAGCUGAGGCCCUGCUGGAGUCACCAGAGAUGUUAUAUGUGGUACACCCUUAUGUGCAGUUCUCCCUGCAUGAUGUGGUCACCUUCAGCCCUGCCAAGCUGACCAACAGCCAAGCCAAGGUGCUUUUCAUUCUCUUUCGUGUGCUGAGGGCCAUGGAUGCCUGUCACCGCCAGGGGCUGGCCUGUGGGGCCCUAUCUUUGCACCACAUCGCUGUAGAUGAGAAACUUUGCAGUGAGCUCCGACUGGACCUGAGUGCUUAUGAGAGGCCCAAAGAGGAUGAGAAUGAGGAGGCCUCUGUAGUAGGGGAUGGAACUGGCAUGAAAUCUAGCGAGGAGGGUGGCGGGGGAGCUGGGCUUCCCACCUGCCAGGAAGAACUUAGGGGCCUCGUGUUAGAUUGGAUCCACGGCCGCAUCAGCAACUUCUCCUACCUCAUGCAGCUGAAUCGGUUGGCAGGUCGGCGGCAGGGGGAUCCCAACUACCACCCGGUGCUGCCCUGGGUGGUGGACUUCACCACGCCCCACGGGCGCUUCCGAGACCUGCGCAAGUCUAAGUUCCGCCUCAACAAGGGGGAUAAGCAACUGGACUUCACAUAUGAGAUGACGAGGCAGGCUUUUGUAGCAGGUGGUGCGGGUGGCGGGGAGCCACCUCACGUUCCUCACCACAUCUCAGACGUGCUCUCAGACAUCACAUACUACGUGUACAAAGCUCGGCGCACUCCCCGGUCAGUGCUCUGUGGACAUGUCCGUGCGCAAUGGGAGCCCCAUGAGUAUCCGGCUAGCAUGGAGCGUAUGCAGAACUGGACCCCUGAUGAGUGUAUCCCUGAGUUCUACACGGAUCCCUCCAUCUUCUGCUCCAUCCACCCUGACAUGCCUGACCUGGAUGUGCCAGCCUGGUGCGGUUCCAGCGAAGAGUUCGUGGCUGCCCACCGAGCACUGCUGGAGAGCCGCGAGGUGUCCCAGGACCUGCAUCACUGGAUUGACCUCACCUUUGGCUACAAACUCCAGGGCAAGGAGGCUGUAAAGGAGAAAAAUGUGUGUCUGCACCUGGUGGACGCCCACACUCACCUGGCCAGCUACGGUGUGGUGCAGCUCUUUGAUCAGCCGCACCCCCGGCGCCUGGCUGGGGCCCCUGCCCUUGCCCCUGAGCCUCCGCUUAUCCCCAGGCUAUUGAUCCAGACCAUCCAGGAGACCACAGGCCGAGAAGACUUCCCAGGACAGCUUCCAAAUGGUGUGGGUCAGCUGGUUUUAGAGGCCAUGCCCUGUGAGGCCAGCUGGACCAGAGACAGGCCUGUGGCAGGGGAAGAUGACUUGGAGCAGGCCACAGAAGCUCUGGAUUCCAUCUCCCUUGCUGGGAAAGCAGGGGACCAGCUCAGCUCCUUCUCUAGUCAAGCCUCCCCUGGCCUCCUGCCUUUCUCAGUGGCCUCAGCCUCCCGAGCAGGACGCAGGAAUAAAGCCGGUGGGGCCGAGCCUGGGGAGGGGGAGGAGGGGAAGAUCCUUCUUCCUGAGGGCUUCAAUCCCGUGCAGGCUCUGGAGGAGCUGGAGAAAAUGGGCAACUUCCUGGCCAAAGGCCUAGGGGGCCAGGUAGAAGUGCCUGAGCAGCCCCAGGUCCAGCCAGUGGUGCAGCUACAGGACCUCUUCCAUCGGGACAUGCAGGCACUGGGUGUCCUGUUGGCUGAGAUGGUGUUUGCCACAAGGGUCCGGACACUGCAGCCCAAUGCACCUUUAAGGGUACGAUUCGAGGCUGUUCGAGGGCUCUGUACACGCCACCCCAAGGAGGUCCCUGUGUCUUUGCAGCCUGUGCUGGACACACUCCUGCAGCUGAGUGGAUCUGAAGGCCCCGUGGUAGCAGAGAGGGGCAAGCUGGACCCCAUGUUUGAGUACAGGCCAGUUUCCCAGGGAUUGCCCCCACCCAGCCCAGGCCAGCUCCUCAGCCCCUUCAGCUCCAUGGUUCCCUUCCCUUCAUACUUCCCGGCGCUGCACAAGUUCAUCCUCCUGUACCAGGCGAGGCGCGUGGAAGAUGAGGCCCAGGGACGGGAGCUGGUGUUUGCUCUGUGGCAGCAGCUGGGCACAGUGCUGAAUGACAUCACCCCGGAGGGCCUGGAGAUCCUGCUGCCCUUCGUGCUAUCACUCAUGUCUGAGGAACACACAGCUGUGUACACAGCGUGGUACCUAUUUGAACCUGUUGCCAAGGCACUGGGCCCCAGAAAUGCCAAUAAGUAUCUCCUGAAACCCCUCAUUGGUGCCUACGAGAGCCCCUGCCGGCUCCAUGGCCGCUUCUACCUGUACACUGACUGCUUUGUGGCCCAGCUGAUAGUGCGGCUGGGCCUGCAGGCCUUUCUCGUCCACCUGCUGCCCCACGUCCUGCAGGUGCUGGCUGGUGUGGAGGCCUCCCUGGAGGAAAGCAAGGGUCUGGUAGGGGCCACCGAGGAUGAGGAAAGUGGGCUCCCAGGGACUGGGCCUGGCUCCUGUGCCUUUGGGGAGGAGAUUCCGAUGGAUGGGGAGCCUGCAGCCUCCUCGGGCCUGGAGCUCCCAGACUACACGUCCGGCGUCAGCUUCCAUGACCAGGCCGACCUCCCCGAGACAGAGGACUUCCAAGCCGGGCUCUAUGUGGCUGAGUCCCCACAGCCCCAGGAGCCUGAGGCUGUGAGCCUGGGCCGGCUGAGUGACAAGAGCAGUGCCAGCGAACCCUCCCUGUGCGAGGAGCGAGCUGCAGACGACGGGGGUGCCCCUGUAGACAAGAGCAGCCUCAGGUCAGGUGACAGCAGCCAGGACUUGAAGCAAAGCGAGGGCUCAGAGGAAGAAGAGGAGGAGGAGGAAGGCUGCGUGGUAUUGGAGGAGGAGGAGGGGGAGCAGGACGAGGUCACCGUGGCUUCUGAGCUGACUCUGUCUGACACGGUGCUGUCCAUGGAGACAGUUGUGGCUGGUGGCAGUGGGGGAGACGGGGAGGAAGAGGAGGAGCCGCUGCCUGAGCAGUCCGAAGGCAAAGAGCAGAAGAUCCUGCUUGAUACAGCCUGCAAGAUGGUCCGCUGGCUGUCCGCCAAGCUCGGCCCCACGGUGGCCUCUCGCCACGUGGCCCGGAACCUGCUCCGCCUGCUGACAUCUUGUUAUGUUGGGCCCACCCGGCAGCAGUUCACAGUGAGCAGCGGCGAGAGUCCCCCGUUGAGCGCCAGCAACAUCUACCAGAAGAGGCCGGUGCUGGGUGAUAUUGUGUCGGGCCCAGUGCUCAGCUGCCUCCUCCACAUCGCCCACCUGUACGGGGAGCCCGUCCUUACCUACCAAUACCUGCCCUACAUCAGCUACCUGGUGGCCCCAGGUAGCACCUCAGGCCCCAGCCGACUGAACAGCCGUAAGGAGGCAGGGCUGCUGGCUGCGGUGACGCUGACGCAGAAGAUCAUUGUGUACCUCUCAGACACCACGCUCAUGGACAUCCUGCCCCGGAUCAGCCACGAGGUCUUGCUGCCUGUGCUUGGCUUCCUCACUUCCCUCGUCACAGGGUUCCCAAGUGGGGCCCAGGCCCGGACUGUCCUGUGUGUGAAGACCAUCAGCCUCAUUGCCCUCAUCUGCCUGCGCAUCGGACAGGAAAUGGUCCAGCAGCACCUGAGCGAGCCUGUGGCCACCUUCUUUCAAGUCUUCUCUCAGCUGCAGGAGCUUCAGCACCAGGAUCUGAAGCUGGGUCCCACAGGCCGCAGUGAGGGUCAGCUGCCAGAGGUGGCCUUCUCUGAUGGGCAGCAGCGGCCAGUGGACCCCACCCUGCUGGACGAGCUGCAGAAGGUGUUCACCUUGGAGAUGGCGUACACAAUCUACGUGCCCUUCUCCUGCCUGUUGGGUGACAUCAUCCGGAAAAUCAUCCCCAACCAUGAGCUGGUUGGGGAGCUGGCAGGGCUGUAUUUGGAGAGCAUCAGCCCAAGCAAUCGCAACCCUGCCAGCAUGGAGCCCACCAUGCCCAGCGCCAGCCCUGAGUGGGACUCCCAGGGUGGGGGCUGCCCCCAGGAUGACGGCCACUCAGGGACAUUUGGCAGUGUCCUGGUGGGGAAUCGCAUCCAGAUCCCCAAUGACUCUCAGCUUGAGAACCCUGGACCACUGGGCCCCAUCUCGGGGGUGGGUGGCGGAGGCCUUGGCAGCGGGAGCGAGGACAACGCCCUGAAGCGGGAACUUCCGCGGAGUGCCCACGGGCUGAGCGGGAACUGGCUGGCGUACUGGCAGUACGAGAUUGGCGUGAGCCAGCAGGAUGCACACUUUCACUUCCACCAGAUCCGCCUGCAGAGCUUCCCAGGCCACUCGGGGGCUGUCAAGUGUGUGGCACCCCUGAGCAGUGAGGACUUCUUUCUAAGUGGCAGCAAGGACCGUACUGUGCGCCUCUGGCCAUUGUACAACUAUGGGGAUGGUACCAAUGAGACAGCCCCACGCCUUGUCUAUGCCCAGCACCGCAAGAGUGUCUUCUACGUGGGCCAGCUUGAGGCCCCGCAGCACGUGGUGAGCUGUGACGGGGCUGUGCACGUCUGGGACCCCUUCACAGGGAAGACCCUUCGCAUCGUGGAGCCGUUGGACAGCCGGGUGCCCCUGACCGCCGUAGCUGUCAUGCCCGCCCCCCACACCAGCAUCACCAUGGCCAGCUCUGACUCUACCCUGCGCUUUGUGGACUGCAGAAAGCCUGGCCUGCAGCACGAGUUCCGCCUGGGCGGCGGGCUGAAUCCUGGGCUUGUGCGCUCCUUGGCGGUCAGCCCCAGUGGCCGUAGCGUCGUGGCCGGCUUCUCCUCGGGCUUCAUGGUGCUCCUGGACACCCGCACGGGCCUAGUUCUGCGAGGCUGGCCAGCUCACGAGGGGGACAUCCUGCAGAUCAAGGCGGUGGAGGGCAGUGUCCUGGUCAGCUCUUCCUCUGACCACUCCUUGACCGUCUGGAAGGAGCUGGAGCAGAAGCCCAUGCACCACUACAAGUCAGCGUCCGACCCCAUCCACACCUUUGACCUGUACGGCAGCGAGGUGGUCACCGGCACCGUGGCCAACAAGAUUGGUGUCUGCUCCCUGCUGGAACCACCCUCCCAAGCCACCACCAAGCUCAGCUCUGAGAACUUCCGUGGCACGCUUACCAGCCUGGCCUUGCUACCCACCAAACGCCACCUCUUACUGGGCUCAGACAACGGGGUCAUCCGCCUCCUGGCAUAGGCUAGGCAAGGGCAGGCAGACAUCCCCAGGGAGUCCAUCCCCUCACCCUUUUUCCGCUAGCAGCUCUCUCCAGGCAGGCCCCAGGCCUCACACCCUGUGUACCCACGUGGCCUGCCUGCUAUGGCCUCCAACUGGGGUUGGGAGGGGCAUGGCCCCUGAAUCCCCAGAGCCACCAGUGUUGCCAGAAAGGCUCUCAUUCAUGGCUUGGGGAAAUGCUGCUACUAGCCAGCAGGAAGCAAGAUGGAGAGCAGGAAGAAGCAUCACUACCCUCACUUCUCCCCAACUCUACUCUCUGGGUCCACGUGGGGGCAGGGAAACUCCGGGAAGGGGAAGGGAGACUGGCCCUGCCCAGCCAGUCUAUAACCAACUUCUCCACCACCCCCUUCCCGUUGGGCUUUCUCUGCCCCUGUCCCUCAAGGACAGGGAAGCUGCCCUGGUCCGGGGCACUGAUGGUGCUUGGACUCCAGCCUAAGGAGGGCUGGCCGUAGUCCAGGAGUUCGGGGCCUUGGUCUGAGGUUUAAGUGUCCACCCAGCCAGGCCCUGCCCAGUGUAGGACCAGGAGGGAAUAAAGGGUAGGAGCAGGGGAGGAGAGGUGGGCUGGCCAGUUGGUGCCCGCUAGGAGUGACCCCAUGCCUUGCCUGGCCACCUCUAACCACAGUGUUUGUGCCUUGAGCUGAGGAGGCAGCCCUUGGGCCCAGAGCCCCUUAGAGAAGGGGUGAGAAGAAUCAUUCUGCAUCUCAGGUCCCUGCCAGGGUCCUCACGUUCUGGAGCAGAGAUGAGAUCUGAGGGUUGGCUCCGGCUGCCUCCUCACUAUUUGCAAUAGAUGUAAAUAUGACCAAUAAAUCCUUUGGAAGAGCCAUGGAA